CUCGCGAUGUAAACAAUUAACUCUUCGCUGUCUCGUAGAUCUAGAUCUACUUAGUGUCUUCAGUGACGAAUGACUACAGCGCAUUCGACCAUCGAUUUAAAAUGUGAAGAUGUACGUUUUCCGGUUCUGGAAUUCAUUUUAAUAUUGAUGCAAGUGAAGAUUUAUCAUGUGUGGGCAUGCGAGCAAUGUAGUGGAAUAGACUGCUGUAUCCUACACCUGUAUUUACAUACACUUUAACUAAAUAUAUAACUCAGCAUGAGUGUCAAGUAUUUAUUUAACUUCAAUCGUCGCACCAUGAAAGACAGAUUAUCUGUUAACUACAGGGUCAACUCAGUUAAAAUGCAGACCCCAGCCACACACUUGAAAGCUCAGUCCUUGUCAGUGCUACAGAAUAGGGCAGAUCAGAGCACCUGUGGUCACCCCAGCAGUAGCGGCCAGGCUGCUGUUGUGGAUGAGAUCAGAAACCAGUUCAAAAACUGUUUCCACCACACGCUGGGGGAGUCCCAGCUUCACAAGGCGGCGUUUGAGGGGGAUGCCGCCAGACUGCAGCAAUUGCUGGCUGAGAUAGACGCUGACCCUGAGAGGAUGAGCAUCAUCAACCAGCGCAACCGUCUUGGCUGCACACCUAUACGUUUGGCUGCCACAGGAGGCCAUCUGGAGUGCCUUAACUUGUUGAUUGACGCUGGGGCCAGUAUUGACACAGUGGAUGUCAAGUGUCAAACCCCUCUCUUUGUGGCAGUCAAAAAUCACAGACUGGACUGUGCCAGGAGGUUGUUGGAAGCUGGGGCGUGCCCGGAGGGGGAUCCAGGAAAUUCAUCCACUCCGCUUUAUGUAGCUUUCAUGAAUAUGGAUGUCAGAUAUGUUCUGUUGCUGCUGGAGUACGGGGCAGAUCCUGACCAGCUGAGACAUGUCAGUAAGGUGGCACACAACACGUACAACCCAAAGUGUUCCUCCCUAGAUGCCGCCACUGAGUACCUGGUCGGAGCUACCGAUGUUUACACAGCCGUCAAAGCUCUGUUGAUACGAGGCUGUCGGUCUGAGAAUCUGAUCUACCACAACUGUGUGUACCACGACAGAGACCAGCUGGUUGACCUGCUCUACCACUUUGGGUUGGGCACCAAUGGCCGAGACAUCAACAACAGGCUGGCCACUGAGCUAAACCUGAGGAACAGGGCGGAACAAAAGAUCAAGUUCUAUGCAGAAAACCCCAGAAGUUUGCUGUCUUCGUGUCGGCUGACCAUUUUUUCCUGUUUGCCCAGGCCUAGAAUAAACUUGGACAUGCUAGACUUACUUCCCCUGCCAACUUCUCUCAUCUCAUAUUUAAAAUUUAAUGAUUUGUGACUUUUGUUGUAUUAAUUUUUUUUAAACAAAUAAACCCAUGAUUUAGGUUGAAUACAAUUAUUACACUGGUGUCAUCAAUGUAUUUUAUUUUCACCCAUUUAUAAUCUAUUUAGGAGACAAUAUAAUUUUUAAAAUCUGUAAAUAGUGAAGUUAACUCUAAAAGACGUCUCUUGAUCUGGCCACUCAAUAAUGUAUCAUUCAAAGGGAAGUAAUUGUCCGAGUGUUAUUAAGUCAUUCUAAGGGACAUAAUUUGAUAAUUUGUAUCUUAGACUGUUCAGUGUUGGCACUUGUAUAGACUAUGUUGUUGUUUUUUUUUUAAGUUCUCCACUUUUUGUUUUAUUUAUUUUGUACAUGUGACUUGUCAAAAGCUAGUAAAAUUAAAAUGUAAUUAUUUCAUUCAUGUUUUAAAAUAAAUUGAAUUAAAUAUAUUAUUUUUUAUCUUACUUUAUGGCUCUGUAGGACACAACAAAAUGUAAACAAAUUUUAUUUUCCUUAUCCAACCACCAUAGCAAUGUAAACAGUGGCCCUACCAUAAUAUGUUCCCCAAAAGACAAGUUGUAAUCAUCCACUAACUUGACAAUCUAAACUUGCUAAUAUUUGUAUAAGAAUUUAGAUCCAUCAUUUUAAGUUAUAAACUGAAUAUUUUUUUAAUUUAUCUUAAUACUUUCAACUGUUACUGAUUAAUUGGUGCUCUUAUUAAAAUGUACUUAUUGUGAUGUUAUUUAUAGCACUUUCUAUACCCAAGACAUUCUUGCAUCCAUUAUAUUUCAUGUGAUGCGCUUUUUGUUAUAUUCACAUAAGCUACCCUUCAUACAUUACUUGAUGUAAAUUUGUGAUUAUUUUUUAUCACCUCUGCUUGAACCUACUAUAAAUACUUUGUGGAAACAGAUGAUUGAAGAUACUGAUAUCCGAUAAUAGACUCUUCUUAAGAUAGGUGUGGUCAGUUGUUAGUAGUAUUGUAAUCUCGACUAGUUUUAUGGUAAGAAAUUGGGUUAGGUGAGUUAGGCGCAUUGUUGGACUAGGGAUAGGGUUAGCACAUUAGCAAGCCAUGAGUGUAUUUUAGUUAAUUACCAGUAACCUAAAACCCCCUUUUAAGAAGAUUCUAUUAUCAGACACUGGUAUAAAAAAAUCCACCGUGGAUGCCAGCCUGAAUGUCAAGGUCAAUUAACAGAUGGAAAUUGUAGAUAUUUUUUUUUCUCAGCAGACAUUAUUUUCACUUUUAUACUCGUUAAAAACUUUUUUAUAUUUUAUCUUAUAUUAUGUGCAAUAUACAAUUACUACAGCCUUAAACUUGUAUUUUAGUCAUCGUUGCAUUUAAUUCUUUUAUAUCUGUCACAUUGUAAAAGUGUUGGUAGAAAACCAGAUUAAAAAUGUACAAGUGUUGUUUUUUUUAAGGAUUUUUUUUUUAAGAUUUUAGAUAAAUGAAAUAUUGCCAGACUACAUAAUGUGACAAAGUUGAUUAACUCCCACUUCAGAAAGUUUCCUCUGGCCAUUUUUUUUAUAUCAAAUACAAUUUUAUUGAAGUUUUCAUUUAAAUUUUAUUUUAAUGAAGAAAAGUAUGUAUAAUUACUAAAUGUAAACAGGGCUCAUUUUAAAAGUUCUAUUUUAAGACAAGUAUGAACCUUAAAAUUCUAAGUAAACCAUGAAGCACCAGAAGAGAUUCCAUUAUACCAGCAGCUCAAAAAUAUCCUAUCUCAUAGCAUGUGAUUUUAUUUGUUUCUGUGUGAUUGUAAUCAAAACAAAUUGUGUUCAGCUAUUUUAAGCAUAAGUAUUAUACUUUAUAACAUCUGCAAGUAUUUGAAUUCAUGAAAUAGGACUGAUUUGUUUGAGUUAUGAGUUUUAAGAUUUUUAUUUUACCUUAAUGUUGAUUAACACAAGCAUAGUCAUAUAAAACAUUGACAUUUGCACACUGCAACAAAAAAUCUGUCAGUUUAAAUAACCUACACUGGAGUUCAUCAGCCGUUUCAGCCCUUGUUAGUUAUCCUUGCCUACCUACCCCCUUAAUGAGUUUACCAGUAUCAAAUCAUCAGCUACAGACCCAACCCUAGAUAUAAUCCUAACCCAUUAAUUAAAGUAUCUUUAUAUAUGAAACCAGCUAUGCAAGAGUGCAGGUUUGGUUAACUGAUAAGAACCAUAACAUGUGUUGUUUACCCACCUUACUUUGAUAUUCUGUAUUACAAAUUCCAAUAAAACUUAG